UUUUAGCAUAGUCAUGUCUCCGGUUAUAUUAGUAACACCCGAAGAUUCGCUGGUCCAUGAAAAUGUGUCAAUUGUUGUAAACGGCCUGGAGUACCAGAAAAAUUAUCUUUUGGAGCUGAGAUUACUUCAUAAAGUUGGAAUAUAUCGUUCGUAUGGUGUUUUCAAAUCUACCGUAACUGGCUGCAUAGAUUUGAGUAAAAUCGCUCCAAUACGUGGUACUUAUUCUGGUGUUAAUGAAAGCGGACUGUUCGAAAGCCUCGAGCCAACGGAUACUGUCAGAUACGGCGGAUAUUGUAAUUGCACACCCCCGGUUGACUUCAAAUACCAAUUGUUGGUGAAAAACUUGAAUGGAACCGUGCUUGGCGAAAAAUCACUAUGCAGGAGGCUUAUGCAUCCACUGGUGGAAAGAAUAGAGGUUGAAGAAGCAUAUCCAGAAGGUACCACCGGUAAGCCUAAAGUUACCGGAACAAUGUUCAAACCACCUGGAAAUGGCCCCUUCCCAACAAUCAUCGAUAUUUCCGGAACCGGUGGAGGCUUGAAUGAACAGAAAGGCGCCGCACUUGCCAGUCGUGGUUUUGCAGUCCUAUGCCUUGCAUUCUUCAAAUACAAAGAUUUGCCAUAUGAAUUGCAAGAAGUCGAAUUACGAUAUUUUGAGGAUGCCAUCAAUUUUGUCACUUCAUUACCCUAUACGAAUGACAGGAUUGGCUUUCAAGGUAUAUCGUUUGGAGGAACUCUUGUUAUGUUUCUCACCACAAGGUUCAAACAGAUAAAAGCGGCAUGCUCAAUCAAUGGCAGUUUCACAAUGGACGAAUUUGCGCACGUAUUGAUAGAUGGAAAACAACCUCCAGUAGGAAGAUUUAUCAAUCAAGGAAUUGAGGAUAUCUGGUAUUUGAAUGAUUUAAUGGUGUACACUGAUAUGGUCAGAAACCUAAAACUUGAAGAUGGGGCAGGAUUUAAAUUCGAGGAUUCAAGUCCAGAAACUGCAUUUAGAUUUUCUCUCGCCGUAGAUGAUUUGAGCACACCAACUGUAUUUGUAGGAAAGGUGUUAUCAGAAAAGUUGAGAAACUUAAACAGGAAAGUCGAAGUUCAUUAUGUUUCUGGUGGUCAUUUGCUAGAUCCUCCAUGUUUUCCGCAUCACGAAGCUGUGUUUUCAGCUUUUGCAGGAACCUUCCAAGCAUAUGGUGGUGAAACAAGCCUUCACGGAAAAAGUCAGUUUGAAGUCUGGGAAAAAACUGUCCAAUUUUUCUCCGAACACCUCGGCGCGCCAACUCCUCUUCCUGACUAUUCGAGACAUUUGGCAAAACUUUGAACUUCAUUUCUCUGUGCAAAUAAAAUCAUCUCUCCAUUUCUUUACUUACAAAAAAUUGAUUUGAAUA